UUGAUAAGAGAAAUGCUAGCAGAACACCCUCUGAACUACUGUUUCUAACACUCUGAUGUUGAUUGAAAUCUACCGGAAAUUGCAAAAUUUUGUGGGUUUCACUCCUUAUUUAAUGUGUGGGAAUGAACUUCACUCAUGGUUUUAUAGUUUCUUGUGUGUUGUUAGGGCUCCUUGUUUUGAUGUUGGUUGGACAGUGCAUCUCAAACAUGAUGCUCGUUUUUUUUUCUUGAGUGGUUUGCUUGAUGAGCAUUGGUUUCACAUGUUGCGGCAGUGCUUCUUGUUUCUAUUAGGUGUGAACUUUGUCAAAGGUCUCUGAGAUAAAACUGAUUUGUGAUGUGAGUUUAUAAUGGCUUGCACUUCAUGUUUAGUUUUGCUCGACGAGAGAUUAACGAGUGUCAUUUUAUGUUGCACUUAUUUUGAAUACCUUCCCAGUGGGAUAAGUCUUUGUUGUUGUUUGUGUGAGAUAAUAGCUGUGCUUUUCUCUUCCUUGCAGUUAGAUGCAGCUGCGCUACUUGCAACCUUGAACAAACCCAUUGUCAUUGCAAAAGUAGAUGCAGACAAACAUACCAGCCUUGCAAAAAAAUAUGAUGUGAAAAGCAUACCAACCAUUUUGCUGUUUAAACAUGGCAUCAUCCCCACCGAAUACCGUGGACCAAGGAAGGCAGAUUUACUCGUUAGAUAUCUGAAGAAGUUUGCUGCUUCUGAUGUUUCCAUUCUUGAUUCAGAUUCUGCCGUGAAUACAUUCGUUGCAGAAGCUGGACCUUUUUUCCCCAUUUUUAUAGGUUUCGGUUUGAAAAACACGAUAAUAGAAAAGUUUGGCAUAAAGUACAAGAAAAAUGCAUGGUUUUCUGUGGCAAAGGACUUUUCAGAGGAUCUCAUGGUAUUGUAUGACUUUGAUAAGAUUCCUGCAUUGGUUUCCCUGAAUCCACAGUACAAUGAGCGGAACACAUUCUACGGACCCUUUGAAGAUGAAUUUUUGGAAGAUUUUGUUAAACAAAACCUGAUGCCUCUGGUCGUGCCGAUAUCCUACGAAACACUUAAGUUGGUGAAAGCAGAUGGUAGGAAAGUAGUU